ACUUUCACUCCAAUAUUUACUUUACAACCAACAAAAAAAAAAAAAAAAAAUCCCCGAAAUUAUAGAUCGCCGUUCAACGGCAAAUCUCGAAUUUUUUUCUCCCCCGGCGAUUCACUCCGUGAUGACUUGAAUCGCCGAUUACCUAGCAACGUUCACCGACACCACAAACCCUAAGUUUACUGUAGCAUUGAUUCCAAACCCCCGCUUGGGAUUCGUGCUUUCGCUACCUCGAUUUCGUUCCCGAUCCGCUCGAGCUAGGGAAGAAGAACCUUCAGCUAUCUAUUUUAAAGCCUUGUUUCGAUUUCCCCCCACCCCCAAAAAAUCUCAAUAAAUGAUGACCUGUUGGUGCUUGCGAGAACGGUCUUAGUUUCCUAUUUAGCAAGAGUUGGUUUUUAUAUAUUUGACUCUGCUUCUUCCUUCUAUCAACAAUGGAAGCAUACAGAGAGGAAGCUCUUAGAGUGAAACAGGUCGCCGAGAGGAGAUUCGCGGAAAAAGAUUUCGCAUCCGCCAGGAGCUACGCAUUGAAAGCUAGGUCCUUGUCUCCUGAUUUGGAAGGUUUGGCUCAGAUGAUUGCCACGUUCGAAGUUUACUUGGCUUCUCAGUGUAGAAGCGGCGGCGGUCAAAUCGACUACUACGCUGUGCUUGGACUGAAACCCUCUGCUGGGAAACGAGACGUGAAGAAACAGUACAAGAAGAUGGCAGUCUUGCUCCAUCCGGACAAGAACAAAUGCAUCGGAGCUGACGGUGCGUUCCAUCUCGUAUCCGAAGCGUGGAAGUUCUUGUCCAAUGAGUUUAACAAAAGCACUUUUUAUUACAAGAGAAAGAAGCAUAUCGAGUCCUCCACGGUGGUUCAGAAGCACCGCGCAGAGUACACGCCGGGAACUGCAGCGUUUGAUCGGUUUCCACCAUCUUCAUCAUCGGAAAGACUCGACACUUUCUGGACUGUGUGCACCUCUUGCAAAGUUCAGUAUGAGUACCUGAGGAAGUACGUGAACAAGAGGCUUUCGUGUAAGAACUGUCGCGGAGCGUUUAUAGCUGUAGAAACAGGUCCAGCUCCCGUUAGUGCACCUUUUCAUUACACGCAUCCAUCUCAUGCGCCUCCUCCUCUUCAUAGUAAUGGCUAUAGCUCGCAUAGCUACGAUGCACGCAUGCCCACGAAUUCGACCUAUCUCUUAGGCCACCACUAUCCUGCGCAAGGACAUGGUUAUGAAUAUGGUUCAUAUGAUUGGAGCUCAUCGUACCCUGAAACGACCUCCCCAGGGAAUCUUGAUUUGAAGCGUGUGUCCUCUGUGUCCAACGGGUAUCCAUACAAGCACAGCAAAUCAGUAGCUAGCAUGGGGAUAAUAAAUAAAGUUAAAGACGGUUCCAACGGGACGAGCUCGGUUAAAACUAAACUGGACGGUCUGAUCUAUGCUAACCCGCCCGGCCUUUCUACUCACACGGCUGCAGUUAAGGUCGGCAGACCUGAGAAGAAGAGCAGAGUAUUUAUUGAAGCGUCUGUUAAUGGAUUUGUUGAGAACCCUUUGAUGAGAUCUGCUCCAGUGUCGAAGACAACGAAUGCAGAUUUCAAACUUCACGGCCAAAGCUACGGUUCAACUAGGCGGUGGUCUACUGCAUCAGUACUGGAUACACGGAAGCCAUUACUUCAAAAGGCAAGAGCAGAUAUUAAGCAAAGACUGGAUUCAAUAAGAUUGGCUUCAGAGGCGGCAGCAGCAGCAGCGGCUGUUGAAGAAGACACGACACCAGUUGAUUCCUGUAAGUUGGGAGAUGUUACGGCGGGGCGCAAAACCAGUGGGCCUAUAACGGUUCCAGACUCUGACUUCCACGACUUCGAUAAAAACAGAUCGGAGGAGUGCUUUGAGCCAAGACAGAUAUGGGCAAUCUAUGAUGAAGAUGACGGCAUGCCGCGUCUGUACUGUGUGGUCAGGGAAGUGCUCUCUCUUGAGCCCUUUAAGAUUGACAUAGCCUACUUAAGCUCCAAAACCGACAUCGAGUUCGGGUCCAUGAAGUGGGUACAAUACGGGUUCACAAAGUCCUGCGGACAUUUCAGGAUACAAAACUAUGACGUAGUCGAACAAGUCAACAUCUUCUCGCAUCUUUUGAGAGGCAGGAAGACAGGGAGAGGCGGCUGCGUCCGAAUCUUCCCCAAAACCGGGGACAUUUGGGCUGUCUACAAGAACUGGUCGCUAAACUGGAACAAAUCAACGCCUGACGAAUUGAGGCACGAGUACGAAAUGGUCGAGAUCCUUGAUGAGUAUACUGAACAGUAUGGUGUGUGCAUUGCGCCUCUUGUUAAGCUAGAGGGAUAUAAGACUGUGUAUCACAGGAGCGCGAGGGAGGACGGUAAGAAAUGGAUACCGAGGAGCGAGAUGCUGCGGUUUUCGCAUCAAGUGCCGUCUUGGUUUCUCAAAGGUGCGACUAGCGGCUUUCCCGGAAACUGUUGGGACUUGGAUCCGGCUGCAAUCCCCGAGGAGCUGCUUCACGUCGGAGCAGAAGCCUGAUUGAUGAUUCCAGUGAUGAAAAGGAAGGUUUCAGAUUUAGACCCAAGUGUAAUAGUUGUAUCAGCGAAGACUAGAGAUGUAAGAGAGAGAGAGACUGUUGACACGCAAAAGAUUCUGUUUGGUCACUAAAGCUUAUUGUAUUAGGUGAUGUUCAACGAGUAAACAAAGCGUUGUUGGUUUUUGUUUGCUCUCUUCGUUUCCUUCUUUACAUUAUUGACAUUAGCGAUGACGGAAAUUUUACA